CCAGCUCCAUCCAGUGUAGAGAGCCUUUACGCACACAGUCUGCGCUGCCUCUACAGCUGACACAUCGGAGCGCGGUGAAGUUUCCCUGUUGUUGUCAUUGUUGCCUUUCUGCCUCAUCACCGAGCCGAUCCCAGCCUGCAAAGUGUCUGCACAGGGGCGAGGACAUCCAACCAACCAGCCGGACUCGAGUCAGCACCGGGGAUUUACCAUGGUGAUCAAAGUGUACAUAGCAUCGUCCUCUGGAUCCACCUCGAUCAAAAAGCAGCAGCAGGAUGUCUUGGGCUUCGUGGCGGCCAAUAAGAUUGAUUUCGAGGAGUGUGACAUCGCGGCCGACGAGGCCAACAGGAAGUGGAUGAGAGAGAAUAUCCCGGAGGAGUCCAGGCCAGCGACGGGGAACCCUCUGCCCCCACAGAUAUUUAAUGAAAGCAAAUAUUGCGGGAACUAUGAGGCCUUCUUCGAUGCCAGAGAGGACAACGCUGUGUAUGCCUUUCUGGGUCUCACUGCUCCCCCGGGCUCUAAGGAGGCUGAGGCCCUACUGAAGAAAGCACAGCAGUAGCAGCUUUACACUGUUUCUACCUGAGACCUCAGGCUAAGACCUGGACCCAGAUCUGGACCCAGACCUGGACCCGGACUGACCUGGAACAGAUCCAGGAAAUGGAAAAAAGAAGCAACAUUUCACUUAGCUUAUAAAUAUGUUGAUGUUCGGUGUUUUUUCUAUUUUUUUCCUAUUAUUAAUUUGGGUUCAGCUGUGCCUUGUAAGCUGUAGUCAAAGGAGGUACUGCACCAGAGCAUCAUGGGUAUCUAAAAACAGCUCUGCGUCCUCCACUAACCUCAGUCUGCUAAGCCUUCUCGGCCUAAUGGCAUGUCAAUCAACCAUUAGCAUGAAUGUGUAGCUUCCUGUCUGAGAACACAUCAUUACACACAAUAAAACGGGCCCACCUUGAAAAUUGUAACACGGAUUUCAUUGUUCGGCCAAAACAGAAUGUUGUCCAUGUUGACACCAUUGUCAUAUGUGUAACUCAGCAGGUUUAAUCAAGCUCAAGUCUUAUUUGUUGAAUUCUGAAAAACAGUAGAAUGUUGUGCUCCUUACCCACCACUCAUGUUGUCGCCUAAACCCGCAGCACCUUCUGUAGGAGUUAGCUAUUACGAUCCCAUUCCCUGUGUUUUUAUUUACUUCCUAUUGUCUUAAUGCUGUUUUAAUAGCAAACGUUUUUCUAUAAGAUGAUAUGUUUAAAAAUAAUAAAACAUGCCAAAAUGUAUGCAAACACA